AUGCCCCCAUCGGCCACUCGUGACCAAACCGUCUGGAUUAUCCUAGAGUCCAAUGUAGAGGCGAGACAUCAGGUCAAUACGGGGAAGAAAGGCAUCUGCCGCACGUUGACGCGACCUCGUUCACUCACUCUUGGUUGUACGCCGCGAGAUCUGCAGUGCGAUUCUGUUUCAAUACGCCUAGGACAGUCCGCUGGAUCCAUGUGCGGUGAAGCCAAUCCGUCGCUUCGAAGCACGUUCCCAUCAUGCGGUCAACUAGUGAUGAUUACCGUUCAGGACGGCCCAUCCGAAAUCAUCUCGCAAGCGUGUGCGCAGGAUCCUAGUAACUGGGCAUCAUCAUCAGCAGAUGGCUCCCGAAAGUACAUCGGCCCAGUUCAAAAGAGGUCUGCCAUACUCUCGUUAUUGGAUCGCUGUUUCCGCGGGCCCCAGGUCAACGGGUUCAAACGUUGUAUUAUGAAGCUGAGCCGUGUCCCCCAUUCGGGAACCCUGAACAUUCCGGAGCAAGCUAACCCGACCAGACUGACAACACCUGCUGAAGACAGAUCUAUAGCCUCUGGCGACGCCGAGUUUUACAUGUCCGCAAACUUCAUUAUCGAAAAGAUCACAAUCAGCUUCUCUUGGAUUCUUGCCGGAAUCUCCUCAUCGUAUGUACCACCUCCGACACUGUUUCCGAAACGCCUGGAUGAAAUGCGUCCCCUGGUCGAGAAUCUGUCUCCGCAUCUCUUGGAGAACCUCAAGUCCAACGUGGUGGUUUGGGAAUGGGAUCAAUACCUAUCGCCUUCUCGUUCUACAAAACCUUCUGUGUCGGCCAGGAACGACGCUUUCCCUCGUACCGCCAAACAGGGGCUAAGGUCUUGGGCCUACCACCACCUAGGUCUCAGGAAAAGUCAUGAGCCGCUGUACAAGGCUCUUAAUGGUAGAGCAUGCCCUAAACGAAAGGAGGGAAUACAGCUUUGGUGGCGAGGGAACGGACGAUCGCAUUUUAGCAAAAGCGACGAGGCUUUAGCCUUGGCCGUCAAACUCCCCGGCUGGGACUGGAGGGAGCACUGGCAUACGUUACUGGAGGCGCUUCUUUCUGAAGAAACCCUAUCGGUUCAGCUGCUGGCCCCACACGGAUCAUCGUUGGCGACCGCUGGGUGGGAUCUCUACUCCUACGUUCAACGGUCAUUCCGAAGGUCCAUUAACAGUGAUAAGAUCUGGCGGGGCUGCUGGGAAAAACCUACAGAUGCUUACGCUCUGCAAGCCGCUCUUCCUCGAAUUAACAUGCUUCGUCGGUUGGCCCGUGAACCUCGCGCUCGGAAUUCUGGCUGGUCCACAGCUUUUACCGCUACGGACAAUCUAUUUCCAAAGGACGUCCCUGAAAUUCGUGACGCCGUGGAGAUCUUGCUCGAUCAACCACGGGUAGAUGGCUCGAAUGUGAAAGUUAUAUCUGCCCUCCUUCAACUCGCCGCAAAUACGCCAGACGGCAAAGCGGCGACCUUGGUUAGGGAUUUUUCGGGGACAGCGGGGCCUGGUGGAUAUCGGCCAUAUCCGGGCAGAUGUACUGUUCAUCAAGGUGAUGACGGUACCGGUUGUGAGCCGAUUAUGGAUUGGUUUCUGCCGCUUGUGGGCUACGCCGAGAAACAGUUCAACGUUGCCAUCUUCGAUGCCAAAACCAUUCUUUCGCAUUUGGACCCACUCAGCGACAUUUGGAGCCACUGCUGGAAGAAUUUCACGGCGUGCUGCCAUCUCGAUGACGACGCUAUUGGAUGGAGCGCCGUGACUGAACAGGUGGUGCUGAGCAUUGUUGCCCGAUUGUUCCUCCCGGAGGCCGCGGUUUCAAACCAGCGAUACAACUAUCCGGGUCCAGCCCUUUUUUCGACCGACCAACCCUUUUUUCGGAACUCGGAUUAG